GCAUAAUGGCAAAUGUUUCACGUGUUGGCAAGUUAAUUUUAUCCCGGACAGCUUUAUUAUUAUGUGAUAUGCAAGAGAAAUUUCGUCCAACCAUUAGUCAUUUUAAUGCUAUUGUUGAAACUUCGAGUCGUAUGUUAACAGCUGCGCGAAUGUUAAAAAUGCGUACAGUAGUCACUGAAAUGUAUCCUCAGGGCUUAGGACCUACUGUAAAAGAAUUAGGCGAUUUAAGUGGUAUUCCUGUUAUUGCGAAACGAUCAUUCACUAUGCUAACAGAUGAAGUGAUGAAUAUAUUGGAGUUGGGAAGUCAUAUUGACUCUGUAUUGAUAUGUGGUAUUGAAACACAUGUAUGCGUUCAAUCCACUGCAUUGGAUCUACUUGAACGAGGUAUACAAGUUCAUUGUAUUGUUGAUGCUGUUUCUUCAAGAAAUAUGGUUGACAGAAUAAUUGGAUUUCAACGUAUGCGUCAAUCUGGUGUCUAUUUAACAACAUGUGAAUCAGUUCUACUGACUAUCCUUUGUGGUUCUAAUCAUCCACAAUUUCGUGAUAUUCAAAAGAUUAUCCUAAAACCAAGUCCAGACAGUGGCCUACUGACUGGAUUCAGUGAGCCUAAUUUAGUCGGCCGAUAAUGAUGAUGAUAAUGUUCACGACGAUGAGAUUGAACUGUAAAAUGUGUUAUUAUCCUUUUUUUUCUUUAAUAUUUUUGAUUCAGACUAUUUAUUUAUUUAUGUUAUUUACUAAAUGGGUUAAAUAUAUUAUUUGUUUGCUUUUGUGUGUGUGUGUGUACCUUUGGGUGCGUAUGUAUGUGUUUGUGUAGUGAUAUGCUGAUUUCAUAUUUUGUAAACGAGGUUUAAUAAUCAUUUCUGUUUAACGUAGUUAUUUCGAUAAUUAUAAUAAAUUACUACCUAAUUUCUUCUCACUAUGUCAA